AUGGCGGGUCUGGUCGCUCCGCCGUCGAGCUUCGGCCCCCAAGCCGGCCAUCAUCAGGAUCCAGGCGACGACGACCUGGCCGCCAUGGGCAUGGCGUUGUCGCCGGCUAGUAGCGCGCUGCAGAUACUUUAUGACCCAUACUUCCAGCACCGGAUCCAGGUGUCCCUGGCCGGCCAGCUCGCCAACGGCCAUCACUCUCCUCCUCCUCCUCCUCCUCCUCUUCUUCCUCCUCCUCCUCCUGCCUCUGCUGCACCCCCUUUCCCGCAUGACCCGCCUCAGCCGGCUGCGACCCCCUUCCUCACCACCACCACCGCCAGUGCGGGAUGCCAUCGACGUCUACAGGCCGUCGAGGACCAGACGCUGAGCCCCGGGCCCUUCAGCAGUGGCACAGCAGACUCAACGGGGCCGUCUUGUGUCACGGAUUCCGCGCACAGGGCGACGCAUGCGACCCCGUCGGACCAUCUCGACUCGAUACACGUGCCUGGAGUCGAGGCAGAGGCCGCUCUUCUUGAUAAAGCACCGCCAGGCGCACCCCCACCGUCUUCUGUCAACUACGCCCUCUAUAGCCCUCCGUCAUAUUCUGAGUGGCAAGGUAACAUGCGGCAGCAUAUCGUGCCAGAGUAUGAGGGCCGGUGGAACCCCAUGGGCCAAUAUCUAGAGCGGCAUCGACGUGCUCCGGAUCCACCCUCUCCUCCAUCUGCCGUGGGCCGAGGCCAGCUAUAUCCCGACGGCAGGUGUUCCCCAGAGAGCAGCGGCGGCCCCUCGUCGACAGCGGAGCAGUCAUCUCAGGGCGGCGCGGCCACUCAUGGGUGUAGAGACGCGGCCGAUGCUGUGCCGCUGACGGAGCAAGGCGGCGCUGGCCCGCCCAGGGGCCAGCCGUCAGAAUUCCAAUCGGGCCCUGUAGCUCCCGAUCAGGUCACAAAUGCCGAGGGCGGGCCCUGGGCGGCGUCUGACUUGACGAUUCUGGGCAGGAUAAGCAUCCAACUGUCGGCCGAACAGGCUCCCAUCUCUGACCCUCGAGACCAUGAGGAUGCGAGCGACUGCCCGGCCCCCAAGGCAAAGGCUCGCCCUGCCCGGGGCAGAGGACGACACCGGGAAGCAACCGAAAGCCGGUGGAAAAAGGCUUGCCUGAGAUGCCGGGUCCAGAAACUGCGCUGCGUCAACGACUCGCAAGAGGCACAGGCGGAGUGCCAGCCGUGCCAGCAAUUCUCCAAGACGUCCAAGAAGACGAUCCACCGCAUCUCGUGCUUCAGGGGCAAGCUCACUGACACGGUCCUCUUCCGCCGAGGCGGCCUCGAACUGACGGACCGCUGGCGCGACACGGCCAUGAAGGAUGUCGGCGAUCGAGUCGACCCACCGGUUAUGCGCACAAUCCACGUCACCAGCGGCGUCUGCGGCGAGCCAUUGGUCCUCAACGUGGUGCGAUUCCAUGCGCGGCCCGGUGACGUGACGGCGCGCUAUUGGUACGUCCGGGAGGGCGAGCACGGCCAUGAGGUGCGCAAGAAGAAGGAACUCGACUCCUUUUGUCUCUUCAACAUCUGGGACACGGCCAACUACUUCGAAAAGUACAUCAUCUCCAACGCCCUGCCUUCCAUGGCGAGGCAGAACAUGCCGACUUCGCGCAUCCGCGGGCUGCCCUGUGCCCAGCAGGACGUCAUCAAGCGAACAUAUGCCAUGGCCAUGGACCACUAUCAGAGCCUCGAGGACGAGUUCGAGGACACGUCUGGCAAGAAGCCCAACGCCGAGAAGAAGCUGCUCGGCAAUCUAUUCACCCUAUGGUUUGCUACUCGACACACCACAGGCAGCGCCCACAUCUGCGGCGAGGAUCGGCUCGAUAUGAAGCCCGAGCUCAAGGACGAGACGUACCCCCUGUUCGGCAAGGUCUCUCUGCCGCGCAUGAUCAUCGCCCAGUUUGACAGCAUCAACCACACCAGGAUGCUUGUCAAGUACGGACGCUUGGUUCUGCAGGACCUCGAGAGCUACAUCUUCCGCAACCAGGGCCGCUGGUGGUGGACCAUCUACCUCUGUGUCUUUAUCCUCCUGCGCGAGGCCAGCUUCAUCAGCGCCGAUCGAUAUCGUCACGCGAGGAGCAACUGUGGCGCAAAGUCUCGAUACUCGAUCCCGGCCUUCGUCGAGGAGCUCCAGGAAGGCUGCAACAACAUCUUGAUGCACUGGCACUACUACAACUGCAAGCCCUGGCCCAACCCGGCCGAGCCGUGGAACCGGCACACGGCCUUCAUGGCAGACCUCAGCCCGGAACAGCAUGAGCUUGUCAUGGACACCUUGACCGAUGCACGUGUGCAGAAACAGCUCUCGGUGUGGAAGAGGUACAAGGAGGAGAACGGCUUCGCGGAUAAGAUUGACGCCCAGAGCAGAGACAAUUACGACUCUCCCUACAUGGGACCCCAGACGCAGUUUGACUGGGACCACCCCCUCUAUUGGGUUUCGCAGAUGUUCGAGGAGAAGUGGCAUCCUCAUCCCACGUACCAGCGCGAGUAG